AGCAGGCGCAGUGGCCGCUCCCCCUCGAGAUUUUAUGGACGGGGUCCAGUUCAUCGCCUCUGCGGUGACUGGGCGCCAGUUUGGUCCGCGGCGGGCUUGAGAUCUUGCCAAUGACCAGCGGAGACCUUCCAACGCUUGCGAGGACUCUUCUACAUCAUUCGAUUUAUGCCGCUGCUGCGAAGUCAUGGACCAGGUACAGUGCUGCCAGCACCUUCUUGCAUCGUCGUGGCACACCUGGCGCAAUCUCACCCUCCCAUGAAACCACCCAUCUGCUGUUUCCCUCAUCCAGUACCGUCGUUCUCCAGAACUACAAACCCGAGUUAACAUUACUACAAGGGUGCUAUCAGCUCUUCAAACGAUUUGGCGCAACAAUGCUGCCGACGGAACUGGGAAGUGGAUGCUACGUACAUCUCUAAUGCAUUGUGUCUACCUGAAUUUUGUGUCCAUGGAGCAUUUCUUUUUUAUCUAACCUGGGAAGAUGUGGUUAGGACGAGCUGUACCUAAAUUUCCUGAUUGAUUAUAAAACGCCAUGGUCUUCAGUACAAACCGAAUCUGCUGAUCCUCAAAGCCAACCAGAAUCUUCCGCUUAUCAGGUUAAUUAUUUUCAUCUCUUCUGCAAAGAUCCAACAAAGCCCGGCCCCCUUUCAUGUGUGUUUGAAUUAAUUUGCUCUGUAGUCCAACUCUAGGUACAUUUUGAUGAGCUUUGGAAAUUUUGACACAUUUUCAUCUCUUCUGCAAAGAUCCGAUCAACAUCUCAAAGGUUUUGAAUUAGCUGGAAAAUUGUAAGUCCACUUGCAGCUGGCGACUACUAUAUCAGAUCUGCGUCAACAUUUUCUUGUCACAAGUUGGAAUCUUUUCACAUGUCAAGCAACUUUUCAAUAGUAUUUUGAUUCCAAGGUUGCAGAGCGGCAAGUGGAAGUUUUCCUUUACAAUAGACAACAAUAUUGUCCCGGCUCCCAAAGAAACAAAAAUUGUCCUGGUCUCCUGGACAACUUCGUCCCCAUCAUCACAUCACGUGGUCUAAAUUUUGGCACAGUUUGCAAGAUGGUUAGUAGUACAUACUUUAUUGUUGCAUCUCUCUGACAACUUGUACUAUGAAGCUCUAGUAAUAAUAAACAUAGAAAGAAGCAAGGGACUCCAUUGCUUAUAUGGAGGAGCUACAGUCACGUCUUCCUGCUUACCUGAGCGACGGAUCCAUUGCUACAGGGUUUGUUCCCAUUGCUGUACCCAGAUCUAUAUAUGUAGAAGUUUCCAGUUCGUGCUCUUUCUGAAUACAGGGCCAAGUCUGAACUCUCAAGUAGGAAUUCAACUCCUUGUUCCCAUCAUUCAAGGUCUGAUAGAAGAAUGGAACAAAAUAUUCUGGACCAAAUACUUGAGGGGAGCAUGGAGCCAACAGAUCUUCCCUUAGAAACUUUGCGGGAGAUCACUGACGGAUUUUCAACAAAUAGAAUAAUCGGUGAAGGUGGAUUUGGAACGGUCUAUAAGGGUAUCAUCGGAAACAGGAAUGUAGCCGUGAAGAGGGUUAGGAGCAGCAUGACAAUCGAUGACAGACUUUUUCGUCGCGAGGUUAAUAGCUUGAUGGAAGUUAAACAUCCAAAUAUAGUCCGGUUUAUUGGAUUAUGUUCCCAUACAGUAGAGACACCAAUGAAAAUUCCCGAAACCCGAGGAUAUAUUUAUGUCGAGAAAAGAGAAAGGUUGCUCUGUUUUGAGUAUAUCAGUAACGGGAGCCUCGAUAAAAAAAUUACCGAUGAAUUAAGAGGACUCGAAUGGGAUAACAGGUACAAAAUAAUCAAAGGAAUAUGCGAGGGUUUGCAUUAUCUGCACAUGGAAAAGCGUAUUCUUCAUAUGGAUCUAAAGCCUGCUAAUAUACUAUUGGAUAAUGAUGUGAUACCUAAGAUUACAGAUUUUGGUCUAUCAAGACCCACAGAAAACUCACAGACCACGAGCACAACUAAUUUUCUAACCCCUGGGUAUUGCGCCCCGGAAAACCUCUUUGGUUGUGGAAGGAUGUCUGUCAAAUCAGACAUAUACAGCUUGGGUGCUAUAAUCAUCGAAAUAGUCACGGGACAUAAGGGUAUCCCUGAUACUAAUGAUAAUGUAAGAAUACUGAGAAGAUGGCGGCAUAGAUGGAAUAAAUCAGCAAAGGAGACAUCGCUGAAAUAUCACGAACAAGUAACUAGAUGCAUAGAGAUAGGGUCACUUUGCCAAGACGUUGACCCCUAUGCACGUCCUUCUAUAUCAGAAAUAAUGAGAAAAUUUGUUGAAUUGGACAGUACGGAUAAUUGCAGAGCGGUUGCCAAUGAAUCACCGGUUGGCCAGAUAAAACCACCUUAUUGGGAGAAUGAUAUGCUUGGAGUAGAACAACUGGAGCUGCAAUUUGCCAAUUCCGGGAAUGACAAGCAUCAUAUACUAUCGUGUUCAGUUGAGCUAAGCAACGAUACAGAUAGUUUCAUUGCCUUCAAGAUUCAAACGACUUGCCCAUUGCCAUACUCCAUAGAGCCAAACAAGGACAUUGUCAAACCACGAUCCAAAUGUAGUGUGGACAUAACAUUGCCUGCAGCUAAUACAGAAGAUCAUAAUAACAAGCAAUACACCAAGGGGUUUAUCGUGCAGAGCAUUAAAGUGAAUGAAGGUCUCACAACUAAUGAUAUUAAUGAAGGUAUGUUUCAUCAACAUAUAAAGGGUCAACAUGUUGAUGAGAUUUAUCUGUCGGUUAUUUCUGAAGAACCAUGCAAUAAAGAGGUCAUGGAUUACCCAAGCAACCGGGCCAAAAAACAAUAUGCAAGUUCAGCGCAAUGGCGGCAUACCGAGGCGAGGCCGAGGCCGACGCAGAUCAAAUCCGGGAGUGUGCAGCUGGUGAUCAAGAGCGACACAGUGGCUCCACUAAAAUCGGAGAGUUGCAAGAAGGUGAUGCUGGAGAUCACUGGCGGCGACUACAGCAGUGACCGGCCAGGCCUGGACCUAGUUGCCGUGGUGGACGUAAGCGGCAGCAUGCAGGGCGACAAGAUACAGCAAGUGAAGACCGCCAUGCAGUUUGUGAUACGGAAGCUCAGCCCCAUGGACCGUCUCGCCGUCAUCACGUACUCCGAUGUGGCCACGGAACUCUGGCGGCUGCAGCUGAUUACAGAGGCCUCACAGGGGGUGUUGCAGGACCUCAUUUACAAGGUUGAGCCCAGCGGCGGCAGUAACAUUAUGGAAGGUCUGCAGGUCGGGCUCAAUGUCCUUGAUAACCGAUCAGUCCACGUUGGCCGCGUUGCUGCCAUGAUGCUCAUAUCUGGCAGCAAGCAGACCGAUGCGGACGACAUUUUGGUUAAUGUGGGCGACAGGCCUUUCUACACGCUUCUUUUGGGCGGUCGGCGUUUUAGGUUCAAUGUCGGCGACGCGCCUGUCUACGCGUUUGGUUUGGGUGCAGACAGCAACCAUACAUUGGUCAACCUGAUCGCGGCCUGGAGCAUGGGGGGGACGUUCUCGCAUGUCCUGGACCACGACAUUGGCGGUCUAACCAUGGCAUUCUCCCAGUGCCUCGCCGGCCUGCUUACCGUCGCAGUCCAGGACCUCGAGCUGAUGGUGGCGCCUGUCAGAGUCGAGUCCAGUAUAGUGAGGGUGACCGCCGGGAGCUACCCGCAGGAGCAGGUCGGCAAUGGCCCUGCCCGUUCGGUCACCGUCAGGUUUGGCAACCUCUACAGCACAGAAGUGCGCAAGGUGAUUGUGGAACUCGACCUCCCUGAAAUCCAGAGCGAGCGUAGCGCAGAGAUCCUCGAUGUCACAUACUCGCACAGCCGCUCGGCUGGGAGGAUGAAAUUCGUUGCGCCUAUUGGGACGCUGACCGUGUGGCGCACCGGUGUGGACUUGUCAGAGGAGCAGAAUCUGACGGGGUUACUGACGGAGGAAGCCCGUCUGCAGACGGCGCAGAUGGUCAAGGAGGCGAGCUUCCUGGCGCACUGGAAGAAGCUGGAUGAUGCACGGGACAAGCUACUAGAGGCGCAGAACAUGCUGGAGGAGGAGCAGUCCAGCUCGUUACUCAGGACCGAGCUGCAGGAGCUCCUCCAGCUAUUCAAGACGCGAGAAACCUACGAGACGCGAGGCCGCCACUACGCCUUGUCGUCGGAGUCUUCCCACGACCGACAGCGUUUCACGGCGAGGGGCGGCGACAUUGAGAUCAUGCGCUUGUUCGCGACGCCACGCAUGGACAAGUACAUGGAGCAGGCCAACAAGUUCCUAAACGAACCCACCAAGCCGCUGCCGUCUGUGGACCAAGACAUCGAGGAAGAGUUGGGUGCUCCUACAGUCGAUGUUGCCAGUAGGGAAGCUGAGAUGUCGAGGUUGUUUCACGACGUCGGGAUCCGGGCCAUGAAGUCCUUACAAGGGUGCAGCUCCAGACUUAUUUGUUGGCUGGCCAGGACCCGGAAACGUAUUCGACAUCGGGCCAUGAAGUCCUUACAAGGGUGCAGCUCCAGACUUAUUUGUUGGCUGGCCAGGACCCGGAAACGUAUUCGACAUCGGGCCAUGAAGUCCUUACAAGGGUGCAGCUCCAGACUUAUUUGUUGGCUGGCCAGGACCCGGAAACGUAUUCGACAUCGAGAGAUCCAGCUAGAUUCAGAUUCAGAAACGGAAAAGACUGUUCUUUGAUUUCUUCCUACUGGGUGAACUGAAAUAGCACAAGAAUCUUCUUGUUCAUCCUGUGCUACCACCUACCCCUGUCUCUGCUCUCAUGCCAUCUCUUUCACUCGAUUGUAAAAUUUGUAUAUAUCUUAUCUUACAAGCCAAUUGACCGAUUUUAUGUUCUAA